AUGGCAUUACAGGCAAACACAGAACUCCUCCGUUCUCCCCAACUCUCGGAUUAUAUCAAGAAGCUUAUUGACUCGCGUCAAAUUCCAGGCAUCUCUAUUGCGCUUGUACAGGAUGGGACUAUCGCAUCCGCAGCUUUCGGCAAGUCAUGCAUUAAUCCAUCAGCAAACCUUACCCCUGACACGCUUGUCGGCGUUGGCUCCGCUGGGAAGUCUCUCACAGCAACAGCAGUUGCACUCUUGGUUCGUGAUAACGAAAAUUACCCGCAAGUUCAAUUCGAUUCCGCCAUGUCAAGCCUGCUGCCUGAUGAUUUUGUUAUGUGUGGCGACAACCAUAAAGAUGUAACUGUUGAGGACAUACUUACCCAUCAGACCGGCAUCCCAGGCGCUUCGGUGCUAAACAUUCCCGGCAGGCAUGAUUUUUCAGUACUUGGACCCAAUGCAAAACAGCCUGACGAUCCACGGUCAGUAACGAGGAAUUUGCGAAAUUUAUCAACGGUGGCACCCAACCGCACCGAUUUUGUUUAUUCUAAUAUGAUGUACAUUGUGGCAUCCUAUCUCGUCGAGUAUAUAACCGGAAUGAGCUUCUCUGAUUUUCUCGAGAAGCACAUAUUCCAGCCACUCGGAAUGGACUCAACCAGCCUCCAACCAGAGCGCGCACAAGCUAAGGCAGCGGGCAAGGGCAUUUCCACUAGCUAUAUACGGGACAAAAGAACCAACAAGCUUAGAGAAGCUCCAUACGCCGACCACCCGGAAUUCCAAGGUGCCGGACAGAUCAUCACGACUACCAAUGACUAUGCUAAAUGGGUCAAAGCUAUGAUAAAUCGAGAGGGCCCAAUAACUGAGGAUGUCUAUGACGCGCUCACCGAGAGCAGAGUACAGGAGGUUCUAUGGGAUGAUGCAGAUUCAGAGAAUCCAACAUUCUAUUGCCUUGGGUGGCAGGUCCAAGACUACUCCGGCCAUAAAAUCGUCUCGCACGAUGGAGGGGAGGCUGGGUCUCUUUGUGUUGACUUUUUUCUCCCAGAGCUCAAUUUUGGAGGUUUUAUUUUCAGUAAUGCAAGUCAUGCGCACUCUGCCAUAAGCAUGAUAAAGUAUCAACUGAUAGACCAGAUAAUACGCAAACAACGACAUGGGAUUACGUCUGGCAUAGGCAUUAGCCUCCACUCUCUCUUUGAGUCAGAAUCGCAGUCAGACUCCGACUUUGACGACGAUUAUGACGAUGACAUAGUCUCAGAAAAGGACCUUAUACGCGAACUUUGCCCUGACAUGGCAGAAUCUCAGCCUCAGGCCCAGAAGCUUUCUCUCAACGCCUACGUAGGAGAUUAUUGGAACUCCGGUUAUCGAGGCAUUACAAUGGAGAAUGUGGAUGGUAGAAUUUUUGUCGACUGUAUGGAUCGCUCAACAGGAUUUACCCUUACAUUCAAACACAUAAAAGACCAGACAAAGUACAUUGCGUAUGUUAAUGAGAUAUACGGAAGUACUGAUUUCCCAAUAAAAGCAGAGUUCGUACUCGAAAACAACAGGGCAACCAGGGUAGGCCUGCAGCUGGAACCAAGGAUGGAAGAGUAUAUCUGGUUCGAAAGAAGGCAAUUCUAG